UUAAGCCAGUAGUAGUAAGAAAGAAACUCAAAAAGUUUUCAGAAGCUCGAAAGAAGCAUCCAUGGCGAUUACAGAUUUUUUACCAAGCGAGUACGGAUAUGUCGUUCUCAUCCUCGUCUUGUACUGUUUCAUCAACCUUUGGAUGGGUGCUCAAGUCGGCGGAGCUCGUAAAAGGUACAAUGUGCCAUAUCCAACUCUAUAUGCUAUAGAGUCAGAAAACAAAGAUGCUAAGCUCUUUAACUGCGUUCAGAGAGGACACCAAAACUCGUUAGAGAUGAUGCCAAUGUACUUCAUAUUGAUGAUCCUUGGUGGGAUGAAGCACCCUAUCAUCUGUGCUGUCUUGGGUUUGGUCUACAACGUUAGCCGAUUCUUCUACUUCAAAGGUUAUGCUACUGGAGAUCCCAUGAAGCGUCUCACUAUCGGGAAAUACGGGUUCUUGGGUUUGCUAGGUCUCAUGAUCUGUACCAUCUCGUUCGGUGUUACUCUGAUCCGUGCUUGAGCCACGCUUUUGUAAGGUUGAUGAUAGAGAUACUCUGAGUUGUUUUAUAAGUUUACUUUGGAACCAGUCUUUGUAAGUUGUUCACAAAAUUUGUGUGAUGAGAAUGAUAAUGUGUUUGUAGUUUUGUACCUUUUGUUUCUUUUACGAGAACUUUUCAAAGUUGUAAUAAUAAAUCAUCGCAUAAUGUAGAAAAUUUUAAUUUUCACAAACGUCAUUAAAGAUUUUAGUUUAUGUGUC